GUCGUCGAUUCGUCGAGCUUGUGUCGAGCUUGUGUCGAUUUGUGUCGAUUUGUGUCGAGUAGGUUUUAAGGCUUCAUGGCGUGUACGCCUAAACAACGAUUUGUGUCGAGUAGGGUUUAAGGCUUCAUGGUUUGUAAACCUAAACAACGAUUUGGGUCGAGUUGUGUCGAGUAGGGUUUAAGGCCUCAUGGCGUGUACGCCUAAACAGCACUAUGCCACGAGAGUUUGAGUUUCAACUUUCAAGAAAGGCGGUGAGUAAGCGUCUGUCGAGCAAAGCUGUCACCAUUGGCCGACGAGGAUGCUCUGCGGCGGAAUGCGGUUUUCAACGUUUCUUACCCAGGAACUGAACUGAACUGAACUGCAAAGUGAUCGUGACAUUUACGCCGCCACCCGGUUGGCGGAAUGUUUAGUGGGACGGAUUGGAGAUUGAGUGGUGGCUAACGAUUCUACCCAAUCUUGUGCCUGGUUUUGUCGGCCGUCGUUAUACAUUAUUUCUUUUCGAUGCACAGUCUAUGGGCAGGCUCAAUCAUGUCUGUUUGCCGGAUUCCUGGUGAUGAUUAGUUUGUGCUUGCAUACAAUUGAGACGCCUAUCUUGCUGCGUGCGUGGCUCUGCUCCUAGCCUCAUCUCCCCCCACCCCCCACCCCCCACCCCCCUCUUUUCCACACCCCUCUCCUCCCCACCUACUGUGUAUGUGAGGUAGUACUUCGUCAAGUGUCCUAGUUUUUCUGUCUGUCUUGCGACUCUUGCCCUCUACAGGGAUAGUCAUUUUGUCAUUUCGUUUACGUAGACUUUAACCCCCAUCCUUUAUGAGCUCUUGAAAGGGGGUGUGGUGCAUUACCCUUGUUUUUUUUUAAAUCUUGGGAAGGGUGUCUUGUUAACUUGUUACUGUUUUCUACACACUGCCUUUUCUACACACUGCCCUUUUUGUCCUUUCCUUCGAUGAUCCGUUCUGCCUCGACAAUGGGAUGUCUGCUUGGACCUCCUGCCGAAUGCUCAGUAAAGCCGUAUGCUGUUCUGCUACUAUGUUUGCUGUGUACGACCCCCAUUCGUACGGUCAGCGAUCUUGAGACUGCUGCUGAGGUUGCUACUGCCAAGAUUCUACUUGAUAAUGACGGAGCAAGGAGUAAUAGUACGACAACUAUCGCUCCGAGCGCAGGCAAUCCCUUGGUGGCGUCCUCAUUGUCGUCGUCAGAGCCGCCAAUUGCUCCAGAUACACCAGCACCCUCUGCGGGUCUUCCUGGUUCUCAGAAUUCCUCCGACACCCAGCCCCUCGUCCAGCCAAGAAACACGCCCCCGCCACCGCCAUCGGAGCCUUCGUCGCCUCCGGUGUCCGUGUCGUCCUCGUCAGGCUCGGCAGCCGGGUCUGUGGUAUCGACAUCCACGCCUGCAGCAUCAAUGAGCAAACCGUCGAAUGGUCCCUCGUCGCCAAGUGGUGUGUCUUCUUCGCAAUCCUCUCCAGCUCAGUCAGAGCCGAGCUCAGCGAGCUCUGCUUCCACGGGGACGAGCGUGACUCCAUCUUCGUCAACUCCUCCGCCUUCAACACCAGGCGCACCUGCUUCUGUGCCUCAGGGUUCGCCCUCUGACGUCCCCUCCUCCCCGUCAUCCGCGUCCCCACCAACCUCAGCCGGAUCAUUGCCGUCCUCUCUGUCUUCUGAUCUUCCGUCUUCCAGUUCGUUGGGCUCCCCAGUGUCUUCCGCUGCGACUUCCGUGCCACCCAGCGGCCCUCUUUCGAUCGCCUCUUCCGACUCGCAAUGGAGGUUCAACAUUUCAGCCUUUGGAAGUGACCUAUCGCCGUCGGGAGCUAGUGCGAGUAGUAGUGGGGCCUCGGAGGAGGCCCCCGCAGUGAAAUCGCCACAACCUGUUGCUGUGCCAGAGGCGCCUUCACCCCCGAAUAUCGGCGCGAUUCUUGGUGGGGUUUUCGCGGUGGCGGUCGCGUGCGGAAUGAUAGUUGUCGGUAUCUGCUGGUUCCAGAAGACGCGAGAUGACCAGUAUGUCAGACACACACCUCAAGACAUUGGCGAUCUGUGAGAUGGAUGGGCUUCUAUCAACAACAGAAGGGUGCACAAAGGGGGUUAUCUUUAUCGACUCCGUGUUCAUUUGAAUGGCAGAGAAAGUGGAGCUCAAGGAAGACGGAAAACGCGUGUACCUUUCAGAGCUCGUUGGCGUGCAGGUCCCCACAGAACUGACUACCAUGAGCUCAUUUGUAUGCAUGCCCCCACACAGGCUGCCUGCCACGGUGUGGUUGGGCAUACCUUCGCCUGGGGGCUGAUCAUCAGAAGAGGAUCACUGGAGCACAGUGGCGGUAGUCCGCACAAAGCGAAUUGCAAGGGAGAGUGGGAGAUGGGUGCAUGGGGAAGGGAAGGGGACGGGGGGGAAGGCGGGGGAAGGCGGGGGAGGUGGUGUUGAUUUUGAGGCUCAAGCAACCCUUGCUCUUGUUUUUUGUUCGUUAGUUUUGUCCAGAUGAGAUGAAGGAGGUGGGUUACUGGAGAUUGUGCGAUAUGUCAGAGAUGAGCACGCUUGCUUAGUGCGAAGCAGCAGCAGUGGAAGAGAAUUUCGCGGGAGGGAAGAGAAAAAGAGAAAAAUAAAACGUACGUUUUUCUUUGUUCGACUGCCACUUGGUGUCGUGAGUUCCGAGUACUCUUUCAACAUCGUGCGGGCACUCUCAGCAGGACCUUUUCCGCUGAACUUGGCUACGGUUGCAAUCGCUUACAUCCAGGAAAGUUCGAGUGUGUGAUCCCGAAAGUGUCAACAAUGGUAGAAAGAAAAGUUAUGGGUCCCAUAGAAGCUGCUUGCCCCUAAACAAAUUGUGUUUGGAAGG